ACCUUUUCUUUCUUGUUUUGUUAGAACCAGUUCACCGCUCCCUCUCCUCCGUUGAUCUAAAACAUGGUGGGCCUUUCUCUUACAUAGACUACGGUUACUUUCUAUACUACUUGUUAACUUGUUAUAUAUACAAGAAAGCUAUCAUUUUCUCUCUUGUUCAGAGAACAACAAGAGCUUGAAAAGUUCAAUAUCAGGAAAUGGGUGGCCACUCAAUUGUUCUGUUCAGUGUUUUGUUGAUAAUUUUUUCGAGUUUUAGUGUGUUUAGAGGUGUAGAUGGAGAUGGGGUAAGUGCGGAGUGUAACAAAGAUAUUCAGAAGGUGAUGCCAUGCCUGGAUUACGCAACAGGGAAAGGGAAUACACCUUCAAAAGAAUGUUGUAGUGCAGUGACGGAUUUGAAGGAAAAUGACCCAAAAUGCUUGUGUUAUAUAAUUCAACAGACUAAUAAUGGUAGUGCUCAGAUCAAGAACUUGGGUAUCCAAAAGGAUAGGUUGCUUCAACUUCCUUCUGCUUGCCAGCUCCAAAAUGCCAGUGUUAGCUUUUGCCCUAAGCUUCUUGGCCUCUCUCCUAGCUCCCCAGAUGCUGCAAUUUUCACAAAUAUUACAACUGCUCCCACUACUUCUACCGGAUCAUCAACAUCGGACAAAUCUGACUCCUCCAUUGCAACCACGCACAGGCCUCUCCUCUUCGGUCCUCCGGCGAUUGCUGUGGCCAUUUUUAUCUACACUUUCUCUUCUGAGUCUACUUCUAUGGUUUACGCUUGAGAAUAUGGAAGGCCAUCACCAUUUGGGAAGGGUGAAAAGUAGCGAAAGCCUGAGUUCCCUUUUCUGUAUUAUUUUGUUGUUUUCUUCUCAACUUUCCCAGGAUUGCAUUUGAGUUUCUAUGCAUUUUAUUGUAAUCUUCUGAACUUUUGUGACUUCUCUAUCACGUGUUUUGGCAUUUUAGACCAUCA